UCAAAGUUGCCAGCAACGUUUCUGCUCAGACUCUUCUUCUACUUAAGUUUUUGACAAGCUUAAAAGAAAAAAAAGAAAACUGUGUCCAUGUCGGUGUCCAAGUGAAGCGGGGUUUUUACUAUUACAAUGGAAAACCAAGUUAUUGGACCGGGUCCAUACAGGGCGACGAAACUGUGGAAUGAAACCAUCAGACUUUUUCGCGGUGGCAUGCCACUUAGAAGGCAUUGGGCACACUUUCGCUGCUAUGACUGCAGCUUCACGGGAACCGAGGCUGUGGAUUAUCUGCAUAAUCUGCUGAGGGACAAUCACAACUUUGGUCCUGAGAUAACCCGCUACCAGACCCUGCAGCUGCUUAGAAAGUUCCUCAAGGCCCAUGUGAUUGAAGAUAGCAAAGGCCGCCAUGGGACAGAGGACUUUGAGGACAAUGGCCAUUUGUACAGGUUCCCAACACUGUCUCCACUCAAGUCUUUUCCAGCAAGGCCUGUAAUAAAAGACUGCAGUGACUUGCCCAGACUCAUCCGCUGGGAUGACUAUGAGGAGCUGCCUCAGCAGGAGAACUUUGCACCCGUGAAGUCUGCUGUCCUGACUUCAGAUUUGUGGAAUAAAAGGCACAGCGUUGCUAUUGGAGAUGUGCAUGAAUGCAAGCUUAUACGCAGGAAGGAGAUAACAUCAAAACAAGUGGAUCACAUCUGGAAGUCAAUGACAGUGGCACAUUUGCAGAGAGUGCUGGGUCUGAAGACACUGGAUGGCGUUUUGAACCCAGCGCAUGUCAAUGGCAAGCACAUUGUUCACAAUGUGUUCAGUGUCAAUAAAGCAGGCAUAGUUGUAUUGGAGAACAAAGCUGAGGACAUGCCCUAUUGGGUGGUAACUGCAAUGAAAUGCCUUGCUAACUGGCCUAAUGGCAAUGAAAGCAAACAGCCAGUGUACCCAGGUUUUGAGAGGGAUGUUCUAAGAACAGUAGCAGACUACUACCAGAGACUUAAAGAACCCCUGCUGACUUUUCAUCUGUAUGAAGUAUUUGUCAACAUUCUCAGUUUGCUGCCAGUGCAGGAGGCAGCCAGUGAGGCUCUUCAAGUAAGCUGCCUCCUUCUGCCGCCACCCAACCGAAGACGCCUCCAGCUUUUAUUGCGUCUCAUGGCCCGAGUCUGUCAGAAUCCCCAGCUUCCUCCACUUAAUGACAUGAUUGCUACCCGCACACUGAUGGUGCAGAUGUUCUCUCAGUGCGUUCUUGGCUCAGCAGACGACAUGGACUUGGAUGAGUUACUUGCCACCAAAUUGGUGACCUACAUGAUGGAGCAUCACAACACCAUCUUCCAGGUGCCUGCCAAGCUGCGUUGCCAAGUUGAAGAGCAUCUGUCCCACCUCAAAAGAGCACAGAUCAAAUAUGCAGGGGCUGAUACAGAUUUCAGUGCAUCUCCAGCUUUCUACAAGCAGAUCAGCAGGGUGGAGUGCGAGGAGCAGAGGGUGAUAGGCACUCAGACCCCGCUGCAGCAGUUGCUGGAAGGCCUGAUUGCAGACAAAGAACUCCCCGCUAAAGACAAGAGGAAAAGACUAAAACAGUUUCAGAAGUCCUACCCUGAAGUCUACCAUAGUCGAUUUCCCACUGAAGAAAGCAAAGCUGCUGUCAUACCCGAGAAAACCCCACGACUCAAACCUAAUCUUAUGUUCUUCAGCAUCAAGAAACCCUUCCAGCCUUUUCAAAGAAGCUGGAGUUUCAGGGCAUGAUCUGCUACCACUAAAACAUUUACACAUCUUAACCUCAGAGUUGCAAAAUGAGGAGUGAGGCUAUAAUGGUGUUCUCACCACAAUUACAGCGCUCUUUAUUAACCACUACAAUUUUUACUAAAAAGAAAAAAAAAAUUAGUCCUUGCAGCCGAUGGUAAACAAGGAUGAUGAAUUAAAGAGCCUGUUCACUCAAGUUAUAGAAGGAUUAUAAGAGAUUUUCCUCUUAAUAGGUCAUUUUCUAAACAGAAGCAAAUACUUCAUGCAGCAAAUGCAGGGGGUGAACUUACCACGUUUCUGAUUUAAUAAGAAACUUUAACUAAACUAUGAUCCACUUACACCUAAAGAGUUAUUAAUCGUGAUUUGUUUUUUUUUUCUUAGAUUUCAUUAACUGGUACUGGUACUUUGUAUGGUUACAAAGAUCUAAAACAGCAGAAAAUGCAAGUAGCAACAGUAGUAAAAUGCAUUACAAAAGUAUUAACAGGUUAUCAGAUGUUAACAUUUGGUAAAUCUUAUAGAUGAAAUUCAAGUGGUCUUGAAAGAUUGGUAGACAAUUAUAUUGUAUCAAAAUAUUCUUGGUGUUCCGAAUAAUCAGAUGUAAUUAAUGAUGCUGACUCAACAAUGCACUGCUACGUUUCGUUUUUUAAUAAUAAUUUCACAGAAUAAUCAUCAUAAAUUUGAAUUUAGGCAGCUUAAUCUUUUUUACUUUGUUCAGGUAGACCUUUACUUAAUGAUGAACAUAUCAAGAGUUUGCCUAGAAAGGGAAUAUACCCUCACUGGUCACUUUAUUAGGUACGCUUGUUCAGCUGCUUGUUAGUGUGGGUAUGAUUGAGAAAGCAUUCUCACGGCCAGCUGAGUGCAUUUAGGCAUCUUUGAAUGUGCCAUGCUUAUCAUCACCAGACGGGCUAGUCUUAGUAUUCAGAAACUGAUCUACUGGGAUUUUCCCACACAGCCAUCUCGUAAGUUACAAUAGAGUGGUUCAAAAAGGAGAACAUCUCUAGUCACUCAUGUGAACUAAGAACAGGAAACCAAAAAUACAAUUCACAUGGCCUAACCAACUUGAACAAUUGAAGACUGGAAACCCUCCAUCUGGUCUGUUGAGUCUUGAAUUCUGCUGUGCAUUUUGACAUGAAUGUCAUGAAAGCGCUGAGUCAUCCUCCCUAGCUGGUUUAUUGAUGUGGGGCAUAUUUUCUUGGUACACUUUGAGCCUCUUGUUGCUGUAUUGAGUAUUGUUGCUGACCAUGUCAAACCCUUUAUGACCCCAGUGUAUCCAUCUUCUAAUGGCUGCUGCUAGGACUAUAAUGCAACAUGGCACAAGUCUCAAACUCGUUUGUUAAACAUGAUAGUGAGUUCACUGUACUGGUGGAAAGGGAAAUUCGCAUCAUAGAUAUACAGCCAACAAACCUGCCACACCUGUGUGAUGCUAUUAUGUCAAUAUGAACCAAAAUCGUUUAGGAAUGUUUCAAACAUCUUGUUCACUCUGCCACCAAAAAUUAAGGCAGGUCUGGAGGGAAACCUGGUACUAACAAGGUGUACCUAAUAAAGUGGUCAGUUAGUGUAUGUGGCAUUUUUACAGAAAUGUGAUGCUCUGGUUAUAAAUUUCAUUUGUAACAACAUAAAUGUUGACACAUUUGGGGAAAACUACACAGUCCAGAUGAAAAUCAUAGACUUACAGUAUAUAUACACUUGUAGUAGUGUAUGUAUUUAAUUGAUGCGUCCCUUUCUCUGUAAACCCUCUGUACUGGAGUCCAACACUGCAUUGUAGAGAAUUCAUUUCAUUUUCAUAUCUUAGCUUGUUGGUUUUAUUCUGUAUAUAAGAACUGCUUAUUUGUGGUAUUUUUGUAUGUCUUCUAUUCAGUCAGGUUGUUUUUUGUUUUUGUUUUUUAAUCUUAGACUUAAAAAGUGUUUUAUUUUUAUAGUGAUUCUGUCAAUAACUGGGUUUUUAUAAUAUCCCUAAACCAAUGCUGGAAUAACUGUUACUUUCGAAUUGCUGCUCUGUUCUGGAAUUAAAUUAAUGUUUAUGAUGAAUUUUGUAUUAAAAAAAAUUGGCAUACA